GACUAUGCUAGGCAUCUUAGUUGCUCAGAACCUGAGGUUUGUGGACAAAGCUGUGAGGGUCUGUAUUCUGGAGAUAUGCAAAGCUUAACUCCUGUAAGUAACAUUGUAGAAGUAUCAGAAAGCUGUAUAUGUGUUUUCAAUAACAACAACCCUACAUCAGAAGAUGGAUGCAAGGACAUCACCGACAAUGAACAAUGCAUUCACAAUAACUAUGUUAUAAAUGAGGAAAGUUGUGUGGACAGCUUUUUAGCAUCAGCAAAUGCAAAAGGUGUAGAUUCUAAGUCUUCUAGUGAUGAGGAAAACCAGGAAAAAACGCCCCAGCAGAUCUCCACAGUUCAGGUCUGGCUACAUUACACCAGAGGUAUUGCCUAUCUCAGCAGCGAUGAUACUGAGAGUGAAGAUGAGGAGAUAUUUUUGAAGAGCUUCAACAGCUAAGACAGAAACACAUGUCUGAGGUUCAGGUUUUACAAGCACUGCAGAAGAAAGAGAUUGAGGAACUGUAUUAUAGGAUGGGAAAA